AUGAGUUCACCAAACCCCACACCCAGCUCCUCUACACCAACCUCCACAACUCCCGUCCCCACCGCCUCCACAUCACUAAUCCGCCCUCCUCGCUACUACAUGCUAACCGCCUUCACAAACCGUCUUCUCCCUCUCGCCCUCUUCACAAUCCUCCUCAUCACCGGUACCGUCAUCCUCAUCUACACCGUCGUAGAUAAAAAAGUUUUGCCCCCGCGAUAUAUCAUCGCUUCUUAUAUUACUGUUGCGGUUAUUGUUGGAUUAUGGUGUUCAUUGCGGAUGAUACUUUAUUUGGGAAGGGAAUUUGGGGGAAUACGUACGGAUGAGCCGGAGAGGGGUUUGCAGAUGGGGAUGGGGUUGCAGGGUAGGGAAGGAAUUGAUGGGAUAAAUGGGUUAUGGGAAAAAAAAGAGAGGAGAGUGAAAAAGUGUUUAAAGUGGUUAAAAAAGACGGGUAUGUUACUCGGAAAAUUUGGCGCAAGAAAUCAUGGAAAUAGAAAUAGAAAUAGAGACGGAACUAGAUCACCCGCAUCAGAAUCCGAUCAAAACGACAUCGAAAUCGCCACCUCAUCAACCACCUCACAAGCACUACACCACGCAAUACAAACCCCACAACCAGCACACCAAGCAAUCCCAUUACGAGAUUUCGCUCCUCUAAAUCCGAAUUCUCUCGCCCCAAUAAUAUCCCCACUACAGAUUACAGUCCCUUCACUAUCUAUACCAGUAAAUACACAUUUUCGUUCCUCACGAUCACGGAGUUAUCCUGUUGAUGCGGGAUUAGGUUAUUUACCGCAAUUACAUAAUGCUGCUGUACAUGUAUCUUCGCAUAAACGGACACGCGUCACUCGAUCGAGAGAUGUGCUUAGUGUACGGCGUCCUGAACCGGUUACUGCUUCGGAGAUUGUUUCGUGUGAGAAUUUGGAGGCGGAAUAA